GUGCUGAUGAAGAUCGUGUCCUUCCGCAAGCCUCUCCUCUACAGCUUCCAGAGCUCCCUCCCCAAACUCCCUGUGCCCCCCGUGGAAGCCACCAUCACCCGGUACCUGGAGUCGGUGCGGCCACUGCUGAAUGACGACAAGUACCUGGAGAUGGCAGCGUUGGCCAAGGAAUUCCAGGAGAAGACAGCCCCGCGGCUCCAGCGAUACCUGCGCCUCAAGUCCUGGUGGACCACCAACUAUGUCAGCGACUGGUGGGAGGAGUACAUCUACCUGCGCGGCCGCAGUCCGCUCAUGGUCAACAGCAACUACUAC